GGCCCCGCCUCUUCGUUGCGCGGGGGUGGCGCAGAAGAGUCUGGUGACACUGCUACAGAAUUUGUGGCACUAAGCACAGGAUUGAGCGUCCCAAUCAGAUUGCAGCACUCACGUGGAAGUAACUUUGUCAGGUGAUAGUAGUGUGACUAUAACUGUAAUAAAAUGGCUGCUAAUGCAGUGCCCAUGGAUUCUGCUCUUGAUUCUGCUAUCGAUGCAGCAGGUAGAAGGCUAGGAUACGAAACAGUAAAGGAAGAUCAGAGAUAUGUGAUUAGAUCAUUCUUGGAAGGGAAGGACGUGUUUGCUUGCCUCCCAACAGGAUAUGGGAAGUCACUAUGCUACUUUAUUCUGCCACUAGUAUAUGAUAUUCUCCAAGGACACAGCUCUCCUUGGUUUGUCGAGAUAGUAAUUAGCCCUCUACAAGCCUUGAUGAAAGAUCAGGUCAAGUCAUUACAAGAUAAAGGUAUGACAGCUGUCAGUGUUAUGGGGAGAGAAGAUGAAGAAACAAAGCAGGGAAUUGUCUCCGGUAGAUAUCAGGUAGUAUUUACCACACCAGAGCUGUUACUUCAAAAUAAAGAUUGGAUUCAUGUAUUUCAAAGUGCAUCACUUACAGAAAGAUUGAUCGCCAUUGUUAUAGAUGAAGCACACUGUGUUAAAAAAUGGGGUUCAAACUUUAGAAAAGAGUUUAGUAAGCUGGGAGAUUUACGAGGAUUUUUUCCAUCACAUUUACAUUUCAUGGCGUUAACAGCAACUGCAUCACAGACAACAAGGAAAAGUGUAAUCAAACUGCUCGGAAUGCACAAACCUGUUCCAGCCCCUCCCAUGCAUGUAGAUUGAAAGGUGUGGCAUUCCAUCAUACUGGAAUGAUUGGCAGCAAGA